AUGCUCGUGUGGGGUCUGAGCCCGCAAGAAGCACCACAGUACGUGCCCAAGAGACUCAGGAAGGAACCUGCCUUCCUCACAAGAGUCUGCAAGACAUCAGUUGAUGCAAUCAAGUCCGUCUCGUGGGGCGUGACCAACGCGACACUGCUCAUGAUCGAGCUAACGCACCUGGCCGUCAUGGAAUCGGCAGGAAUUCCUACAGAAAACAAGAACAAGAGGAAAGUCAAUGACGAUGAGUCGUUCCUGGAUCAGGACGACGAUGAGGACGAGCCGUAUGCCAAGAUCUGUGGCAGGUACCGUAACAAGAGGUAUCCGGUGACGCUCUGGGAAUUCAAUCAUUCCAACAAUCCACACCUACCUGCAACGACCUUUCAGUUCUUCAUCAGAUUCCUUCUGAUCUUAAAAGGAGGACUUCGAAUGUUGGCUUGCGAAGCCAACCCCAUUACGGCGCUGCAGUUCAUUGCCUUCUCGCUAUCCAACCAGAUCAAUCAGGGUGCUGAGGACCACCAAUAUGACGCAGACUCAGUCUUGAUUGCGAUCGACAACUGCUCAUCCAGGUGCAUCACCAACUGCAUGAAGGACUUCAUAGGCAAGCCCACGAAGGUUCAAGUGAAGGUUCAAGGAAUAGGUGGGACAGUCACGGCAACGUACAAGGGAACAGUGAGGUGGUCAAUUGAAGAUGACGAUGGCAUGGUCCAUCACUUCCUCAUCCCCGACACUUACUACAACCCAUCAACACCUUACAGGCUGCUGUCGCCACAGCACUGGGCGAGAGUUGCAGAUGACAACCGGCCAAAGCAAAGGGGAACGUGGUGUGCCACGUACGAGGAUUCGGUGGAGCUGUUUUGGAAUCAGAGGAGCUUCAAGAGAAUGAUUCCCUUGUCCCCGUCCAACAAUAUUGCAAUCGUUCGGAGCGCACCUUCCUUCUCGAAACUUCAUGCGUUCUGCUCAGAGAUUGCCCCAGCCAUUAGUUCCGAUAGGAAGGAGCAAGAGCUUGAUGAGACGGAGUUACUCUGCUGUCCAGCAGCCUCCGUGACUGAUGACGAGUCGUCGGUUUCCUCCGACAGAUCUGACAGCGAGGACGAUCCAGAGUUUGAGCCCAGGGCGCAUCCAGAUCUUCCCAGAGACGUCAACACCGAGGGCGAACGUUCCAAGGAGUUCCAACAGCAAGUGACGGAUGCAUCAUUCAAGAUGGGAAAGGACCUGAACAAGUUCGUUCAGGUCCCAGUGAAUCAGGAAGCUCGCACAACGAGGAGCACUCCCAGCUUCCCUCGUGAACGCCAGAGCACCCAAGUGUGCAAGUUGCAUGUUCGGUAG